AACUUUUCCUGAAACUUCUCUCACCGCAAAAAAUAUAAUACUCCAACAACUAUUAGCCUAAAUUAUACUGUAUUUUCUCUCGCUCCAAAAAACAGAAAAUACACUUUCAAUUUCAAUUUUUUUGCUUCUUAGUUCUAAGAUAAUCAGCAAUUAUCAUUGUGUGAAUCUUAUUUGAACGCUUGGAAAUCAACUAGCUAAACUUUUAAUUCUUUUUCUCGUAUAUUUUCUUCCGGGAUUUUAUUUUGAUCGGACCCAAAACCCUGUGUUCGAUCUCUGGGGGUUUUCGCAAAUGCCAGAGAUUGAACGUCAACUCGAUUCCGACAACGCCCUCUUCGGAAAAUACGAAUUGGGCAAGCUUUUGGGAUGCGGAGCAUUUGCUAAGGUUUACCACGCUCGCAAUGUCCUAAACGGACACAGCGUCGCCGUCAAGAUCAUCAACAAGAAGAAAAUCGCCGGCACCUCUUUGAUGUCCAACAUCAAGCGCGAGAUCUCUAUCAUGCGCCGUCUUCGCCACCCGAACAUCGUCAAGCUCUACGAGGUUUUGGCUUCCAGAACCAAGAUCUACUUCGUCAUGGAGUUCGUCAAAGGCGGCGAGCUCUUCGCUAAGGUCGCCAAAGGCCGGUUCUCCGAAGAUCUGAGCCGGAAAUACUUCCGGCAGCUCAUCUCCGCCGUCGGAUACUGCCACGCGCGUGGGGUUUUCCACCGUGAUCUCAAACCCGAGAACCUCCUGAUCGACGAGAAAGGGAAUUUGAAGGUUUCGGAUUUCGGACUCAGCGCCGUGACGAACCAGAUCCGACCCGAUGGGUUGUUGCAUACUUUGUGUGGUACGCCGGCUUACGUGGCGCCGGAGAUCCUGUCGAAGAAAGGUUACGAUGGAGCGAAGGUGGAUGUGUGGUCGUGCGGAGUCAUCCUCUUUGUUUUGAACGCUGGGUACUUACCGUUCAACGAUCCGAAUCUCAUGGCGAUGUACAAGAAGAUCUACAUCGGAGAGUAUCGGUGCCCCAAAUGGACGUCGCCGGAUCUCAGACGUUUUCUCUCUCGGCUUCUCGACACGAAUCCCGAGACGAGGAUCACCGUCGAUGAGAUAUUGAGGGACCCAUGGUUCAAGAAGGGUGGGUACAAAGAGCCCAUCAAUUUCUACGAUGAGGAUUGGGAAUUAGAUAAGAUGGACGACAAAAAUGAUCAAGAGCAGAAAGAUAUCCGCAAUCUGAACGCGUUUGAUAUAAUUUCGUUCUCGUCGGGUUUGGAUCUGUCGGGAUUGUUCGACGAUUCGUAUACGGCGAGUGAAGACAGGAAUCGAUUCGUGACGUCGGAGGAACUGGAGAGAAUCCUAGAGAAAGUUGAGGAAUUGGGUAAGGUGGAGAAACUGAGGGUGAAGAAGAAGAAGGAAUGGGGAUUGGAGAUGGUUUCUCAAAAUGGGAGUUUGGUGAUUGGUGUGGAAGUGUACCGAUUGACUCAGAAUUUAGUGGUUGUGGAGGCCAAGAGAAAAGGUGGAGAUGCUGAAGCUUACAAAGUUAUGUGGAACAACAAGCUCAAGCCUUUGCUUAGUGGGUUAACGGGUCAAGAACCUGGAUCCAGUUCCACCCACCAGGUUUCCGAUUCCGAAAACUAAGGAAAAAUAAUACAAGGUUGAUAUGUAAUAUACAGAUUCGGAAGGAAACAAAGAGGGGAAAAAAAAAAAAAUGGAAAACAAGUUUGAUUGAUUGAACUUUUUGGAAUGGCAAUGGCCGCGUAUGGAAAUGAUCGGCGCCGUCAUAGUUUUUCCCGGUACUUUUUGGUGUUCGAUGCAAGAAAAUCAUUCGAUUAAAUUAAUUAAAAUAUUUUUCAUUUUUUUUUUUUUGGGUUGGCGUUUGUAAUUGGAAUAAAACAUUACUAGGGGGAUUAAACGGGUGUUUUUUUUUUUUCCCUAGUAACCAAAAAAAAAAAAAAAAAACCAAUAGAGAGAAAAGCUGUGUAAAUAUAUAUCUAUAUUUAUAAUUUGUAAAAAUAUGUAACAGCAAUAGAGUAAUGAAGGGCUAGAUUCAUGUCUCUCUCAAACUUCGACUCCAUUGCAUUACAUAUGUUUUUUUGUGUGUUGUAUUGUUGUUUGGUUACGAUAUUUGCAUAAAUAUUGUAUUGUGCCAGUUGCAUAUUAUUAUUAUUAUUAUUAUUAUAUAUAUAUUUUUAAUUA